AGUCGUUAAAAGACUUUAGAUCCGGCUCUUCAUUCACCUGCGCGGGCUGCGUGCGCUUCAGAGGCGGAUUUAGAGUCUUUUAACGGCUAAAAGUUCACCUCGGGCGGGAAUGUGAGUCAUAUUUAGUUCAAAAUACAACCUGCAUGAGCGUGAAACGUGGCGAGCAGGACGUGAAACACCCGCCGAGGACGUCUGCUAGCUUGAAUAUCGGUAGCUAACUCGCUAUUACCAGCAGCUAGCGGUUGUUGAAGUGCCCAGUUCGCACAGGCGAGUCAGAAUGGCCCAGGGGAUACCUGAAGAGGUGAUGAUGAACGCUGCUCUGAUUAAAGAGCUGGCAGAUGUGGCCAAAGAUAUGGCUCUUCUGCAGGGCGUCCUAAUGAGGACCCAGGAGACGCCCAACUCGUCAGAGUUGGUGAGCCACGCUCCGUUCACGCUGUUCCCCUCGCCGGUGCCCAAAGCCGUGUUCGUCCAGGCUCUGGCUGUGCAAACUCACUACAACACACUGAUGGACAAGAUCAGUCGGGACACAGAGUUUCUGCAGGAGGCUUUAGAGAGCACCAUUGCCGUGGAUGAUUUCACUGCCAAGUUGUUCAGGAUCCACCAGCAGAUCCUGAAAGAAGGAAGGUCUCAGUCCAUUGUUUUGGGUUUGAAUCGUUCUGACUUCAUGCUGGACCAGAGAGACGGUCAGACGGCGUCUUUAAAGCAGAUCGAGAUCAACACCAUCGCCGCCAGUUUCGGAGGCCUUUCGUCACGAACUCCGGAUUUACACAGACUCAUCCUCAAAGUCGCCGGCAGGCUGGAGGAGAGCCAGCGAAUCCUUGACAACAAUCCCGCAGCUGGUCUGGCCGGAGGAAUCGCCAAAGCCUGGGAGCUCUAUGGAUCAGAGCGAGCAGUCGUCGUGUUCUUGGUGGAGGAGAGUCAGAGGAACAUCUUUGACCACCGAUAUAUCGAGAACGAACUGUGGAAGAGAAACAUUCGCACCAUCAGACGACGGUUUGAGGAAGUCUCCAAAACGGCGUCCCUCGAUGAGAACAAGAGGCUGUUUGUCGAUGGCCAGGAGGUCGCAGUGGUUUACUUCAGGAACGGUUACAUGCCUCAGAACUACACUUCUGAACAGAGCUGGGAUACUCGUCUUCUGAUGGAGCGCUCUCGGGCGGUGAAAUGUCCAGAUAUCGGCACCCACCUGGCCGGAACCAAGAAGGUCCAGCAGGUUCUCGCCAGGCCUGGAGUUCUGGAGAAGUUCUUCCCCGACCAGCCUCAAGUAGUGGAGCAGAUCAGAGCGACGUUCGCCGGCCUCUACACCCUGGACAUGGGCCCAGAAGGUGACGCGACAGUACAAAUGGCUUUGGCGGCGCCGGACAAGUUCGUCCUGAAGCCUCAGCGAGAAGGAGGAGGUAACAACAUCUACGGGUCGGAGAUCUGCCAGGUCCUGGAGGGAAUGAAGGACAGCAGCGAGCGCACGGCCUACAUCCUGAUGGAUAAGAUCCACCCCACGCCCGUACACAACUACCUGCUGAGACGAGACGCGCCCCUCAAAGUCAGCAGCUGUCUCAGUGAGCUGGGCGUGUUCGGAGCUUACGUGAGGCAGGGCGAAGACAUGGUGAUGAACGAGUGCGUCGGUCACCUGCUGAGGACCAAAAGCGCCGAACACUCGGACGGAGGCGUGGCGGCGGGAGUAGCCGUGCUGGACAAUCCUCUGCUCGUCUGAGAGUUCACCACCUGCAGGAACUCACACUGCGACGGCGUGAAAACGACACCGAGCAGGUUGUUUAACGAGCGCUGGACAGAAACACGACUUUGGAAAAUGAAGCUCUAAUUUCUCCAGGAUCGACGAUUCGAGGCGACGCAGCAGAUAAAUUGUUUUGUAUCAAAUGUAGCUUUGUGUUUGCAGAUAUUACCGAUAUCAGAGGUUUCAGAGGGGCUUUGAGAAGCAUCUUUAUCAGUUUUUGAUAUUUUAAUGAUUCUGUUCAGCUCUCAAAUACACACAAAGUGAUUAAAAACCCAUUUUUACAUGCUUCUGAAGCCUAAUUUACCUCGAAUGAACAGAGAACCACUUCUUGAUUACAGGCAAAGUGGAGAAUUUUAGCUUUUUGUGCACUUUUAGUAGAACAUCUGAAGAUAUUUUAAGGUGAAGCCUCAUUCUAACGCUGUUCUCCUUCUUGGAGUUUGCAUUUCAGAGCAAACUGGGACGCUGUAUGUGAAAUACUUUACUUUGCAAGCUUUUCUUUCACAACACUCUGCAGUAAAAUUCAACCUAAAUGAAGGUUUUCUGGGAUCCGUAGUUGUCUGAUAAGCUGCUGUGCGCUGGAACGGGAAGGGUUUGAUUAUUGGAUCCAAUCAGUCUCUUGCUGGGUGUUUAUAAAUUGAUUUUGAUCGUAGUAUUAGUACACAGCUGGUACUGCAUCCAUGAAGCGCUGUAUGUACAAGAUGAAGUGACUGGUCAAAUGUUUAGAAAGGAGGAAAAACAAAGUGCCUUUAAACAGCAUCGACGUCUUAGUUUAUCUCUCUCUGUGUUCACAUGAACGAUCGAGGCAACGAACAGUUUUUUUUUAACGCGUACAGAUUCUACAUUUAGCUGUAAUUUAUUAACCGUGGAACGCAUUAACAAAAGCCGUGGAUAAAAAAAUAACUCCAGAUGUUGUAAAUCUUCAGGUUUUAACCACGUUGACAGAUACAUGUGCAAUCAAUCAAAGCAAUCAUAUUUAAAAACAGAAAAAACGCAUCUGUCUUGAAGGAUGACGUGAAUCGAUCUGUUAAUUAAUAAAUCACUUGUCCGUCUGUUUUACGCUUCGUUUAAAGUCAGUUCAGCAGCUUAAAGCGCUUUAAACUGCAGAGAAACGCUCAUUGUUUCCCGUUAGGACUGAAUUAAGUUUGAAAAGCGUGUCUGAUGUGUAACACGGAGAGGACGUGGAGUUUAAAUCACUAUGAAUAAACAUAAUUAAUGCAGUUAGUUAACAUUUAGAAAGCAGCGUUUCUGUGCAGGAGAGAAUCAAAGGUUCAGGUCAAGGCGGCUGGAAAAAAAAUCAAGAAAGUCUGACGCGCAUUCACGAGUUAACGGUGCGAUUGUGUAAUUAUUGAACUUCUGAUGACGUGAGGAAGGAGAAUCUGGAACCAAAUGUCCAACUGUGUGGACCAAAGUGUGUGGUUUGUGCAAUCAGUGAAUAAAGGAGAUUUCUGUAAAGCUG